CCACGGGCGCUCCCACAUAUACAUUUGAAGAAGUUCUAACAGAAGACAGGAGUGUUUUUGCCAAUAAUGCACUAUAACGUUGGAUGCUGAUAAACCCCACCCCAGAAGAAGAAGAGUGCGAGUUGUUGAUUGAUAGAUAUCGGUUGAUAUCCAUGUGUUCAGCUGAUCUGCCGUAUGUGAAAGAGAGAGGAGCGGGGCACACUUUCUUUCAAUGUGCUGGGACAGAUAGAACUGACACAACAUGGAUAACGCCUGUGAAAAUGCCAGAUCAAGAGAAUGGAGCUAUGGUGAUGGAUACAGCCGCCAUAAUGUGGCUCAGUGGCAAAGUGCUCCCCCUGCUGGUGAAAGACAGUACCUCAUCCAACAGGAAAGGGAACGCCAGUGGCUGAACCACGAGAAAGAAGCUGCCAUAAGGGCCCACUACAACUCCCUUAGACAAAACUCUCCAAUGGACUUCCGUGGACAUGGGGCACAAGAGACCCAGCCGCCGCAUCUGUAUCAUCAGGACCAUCACAGAAGGGCUCCGAGUCAGAACAUAAGGGAUUGGCCAAAUCUCUAUGGACCCCUGAGAGGCCAGGCAUCCCCUAAUGUAACCUUACACUGCAGUGGAGAGAGAGCCCAUGUUUCUGUUAAGCAUGAACCCCACUUCCCCAGCUAUGAGUUUUUGCCCCCCCUCAUUGUCGAAAAAGGGCAUGAGGAUAUAACCCAUCACUAUAAAACUGACCGGGAUUAUAUGGUUGGUCUGAUAGUGAAUCAUAACAAUCUCCAUUACUUGGAAAGCAAAUGGCAGAUGUUAGAUGCCACCCAUUCCAAUGGACAUGCUAGAGGACAUUUUAAUGAACAUUCAAGGGGACAUUCUAAUUCCUAUUCCAGGGUUCAUUCUACUGAAUGCUCAAAGGGAAGUUCUAGGGGUGGGUCUAGUGGAUGUUCUAGGGGUGGGUCUAGUGCACGUUCUAGGGGUGGGUCUAGUGCACGUCGUAGGGGUGGCUCUACUGCAUGUUCUAGGGCUGACUCUAGUGGAUGUUCUAAGGGUGGCUCUAGUGCACGUUCUAGGGGUGGCUCUAGUGGACGUUCUAGGGGUGGCUCUAGUGGACGUUCUAGGAGUGGCUCUAGUGGACGUUCUAGGGGUGGCCCUAGUGGACGUUCUAGGGGUGGCUCUAGUGGACGUUCUAGGGGUGGCUCUAGUGGAAGUUCUAGCGUCCAUUCCAGCAGGUCUCCCAGGCUGGACUUCCAGGCUAAGCAUGUCAACCCUUUUCAAACUAUGACCAACAGUUCUCCAGACAUUCAGAACGCCAACAUCACUCCAACUGUUCCUAUGGUCAACAACAAACACAGUGAAACAACAUCAGGACAUACAACUGGUCCUGCGAGAUAUUCUACAUCACUUGUUUUUACGGAUUUCCCUUCCACGGGAGGUACAGAAUCUGGUGUUGUUGACCUAAAAGCAGCCCAGGUAACAAAUGCAGACACCCAUGGUAUACUAGGACCUAGUGUUCCUUCCCAAGCCAUAACACAACAUACAGAUCAUCUUCCUGGCAAUGCUGCUCUGGUUUCUCACACACAGACCUCUACCACCCCUGAACAGCAACAUGCUUCCUCUCCUUCUCUCACUGACACCCCUCAGGAAAAACCUCAUAAACAUAAGAUCUCACUCAAGGAAAUACAGCACUGGCCCCAGAGUGUUUUAAGAUCUAAAAAUGGACCUGUAAAUGGGAAUAACUCAACACAAGACCCCUCUCAGUCCCAACAAUCUAGCACAGAGAAGAUGGAUGUUUUACAAGCAGGCAAAACACAACUACAUCUAAACACCAAAGACUACCAGGCGAGCCCCCCUGAGAGGUUUAGUAAUGAGGACUCCACUAUACGGCUGGAGAUGAAGUCCACCCCCAGGUACAUGACCCUGACGGCAGUCGCCACCGCUCAACCCCCCCCAGUGGCUAUCGUCCCGCCAAUGGGUCCACAGCAGUCCCCAGAGCCUAUGGAGACAGAGAAUGCAGGCAAUGAGCUGCCAUUUAAGAUUUUACAGACCUGGUCCAUCAAUGAAAAACAGGCGGAAAACCUGUGGGAAAGAGCUAAAGAUGAUGCAAGUUCUCUCUCUGUCCUAAAUGAGAUGGUUCAAGUUGAGAGUCUUCUGGAGUGUGAUAAACCUGUAGAUGCAUCUGCAACAAGUUCAAUGGCAUCUACAGGAGAGGACAAUGAUGAGGUCCUUCAGGUCAUCACACAAAUGGACAAGAGAUCACCUUCACCAUUUAUCCACACCAACCCUCAGGCAACUGAUAUUGUAUGCAUCGGUGGUGCCCAGAUAAUCAUGGAAGGUAGCUCUAAUGUUGCAGAUGAGAGCACUCUUGAUUUGUCCACAAUUGCUGAAGUUCAGUUCAAGUUAUGUGCGCUGCAGCAACUGGAUACUUAUCUGGAGAGUGCGACAACAGUCACAGAGGCAAAGGAUGGUUGUCUCGGGGCCAUAUUGGAGUUGUAUCGGGGAGGGGAUACCUCUGACCUGGUAGAAGCUUUAAAAGAUCAAAUGGAUGAGAAAAUCAUGCAGGAUGUGUCUGCCUGGGCCGCAGAGGAUGAGAAGGCCGUGGUUUUCUUUGCAGUCAGUGGUAUAUCACUAGGGGAAGUGCUCGAGAAGUUUCCCAUUCCAGUACAUGUUGACACCUCUUCCCAAGUGGGUUACAGGUCAUCAUGGUUAAAUGUCAACGAGAAGCCGAAUGACAUUGACAAAGAUUCUGGAAGAGCUUGGUCUCUGUGGUUCAUACCAGAUAAAGCAGAGGACAGUUCCAAAGUGGUUGGGGGUGUCCAGAUGGAUGACACCUUCCACAGCAAGAUGGAGACUGUGGAAUUGCCUGCAGAAGCAACAGACUCAGACCUCACAACAAACACAGACCUUACGAUGGACGUAGACCCCCCAACAAACACAGACCUCCCAACAAAUGCAGACUUAGAGGCAGAACCCCGUUCCCCAAUGAUUUUGACCGUCCUCACACCAGAGGAUGCUGUGAAACUGCUUGCUGAAACAGAGGCACCAGACACAGACCUCAAAACGGUCGUAGACCUCACAACAGACUCGGACACAGAACCCCUUUCCCCAAUGAAUUUGACCAUCUUGACAUCUGAGGAUGCCAUGAGACUGUUUUGCCAGAUCGAGAAUGGCUCUGACCUCCAAUUCGCGUCCCCUGAAUCCUGCUCUAAAGACAAAGAUAAGACACAGACAAAGCAACUAGAGAAUAUAGAAAGUGGCAGCUUAGAUAAGUCCUGCUACUGUCCUUGUGGUAUUGAAACUGACAAUGGGUUUGAAAUGGGCCUAUGCUCCAGUUGUCAGAGAGAGAAAGGAUUGCAGCAAGAUACAAGAUGCAUAACAAUCGCUCACUGCUUUACCAUGUCAUGUACAAAUGAUCAGGAGACAGAGGUCCCCAAGGACUCUGGGGGGAAGGUGACUGUUGACAGUCAAUGCAGGGACAAGAAGCAGAUACAUUCAACUGAAGAAGAGGGUGAUGACAAUAAAUCCAGUGACAAUAAGACACAGGGUGAAAUGCAGCAAUGGACAGGCGUCAUACCGAUCAUUGACUUUUUUUUCUGGUCAGAUACAAGUGAGGAUUCCGAUCAGGAGACAGAGGAGAGCUAUAAUGAGCAACAUGCUCAGAUUGAGGCUCAUGCUUCUAAUGUGAAAAGGACAGAGCCUGAAACUGAUGCCAAAGCACUAUGUGAGUCAGCCCAAGAACGUACGACCCAAAGCAAAGUCAGUCCUGGUUCUGAGGAUAGAUGGCAAGAGAAGGACCAAGACUGCAGGACGAGUACAUUACCACUUCCCAAGGUUGAAAACCCCUCUACGUUAAGAGCUAACAUCAUAGCAGACAACUGGUGUUCACCUAUAGAGGACUGUGGUUCACCUGUAGAAAAGUAUGACAAAGUUGCUGACUUUGUCACUCAAUACAAAACCUGCAAGUCAAAGAAAAAAGUACAUCAAAAAAUGGAAAAGGAGAAGACCCUCCAUCCAACGUCAUCUGACAGGCAACGUUACAAGAAAAGCCAUGGGAGAGCAGAGAGGGGAAGGACACCAUCCCAAACCACUAAGUGCUCUGGGUUGAAGGCAACGAUGAAUGAUCAAUGCAGGGACACGAAGCCACAUGCAUCACACAAGAAGAGACAUUCAACUGAGAGUGAUGAAAAUCGAUGUAAAGACAAGAAGAGGGGAUCAUCAACUGUGAAAGAGCGUGAAGGCUGUCAAUCCAGGGACAAGAAGCCACCGAAGAGGAGACAUUCAACUGAGAAAGAGAGAGAGGACAAUCAAAGUAGAGACAAGAUGUCACAGAAGAGGAGAAAUUCAACUGAAACUGACGGCAGGAACUCAGACUCCAAAGAGUUACAGUGCCAGUUGGUGGACAUAGAGAGGAGCAGUGGAAACUCACUCCCGUGCCCUGGGGUGAAAACCCUCCAUGUGCAGGGAUCCUCAACCACCACCAUUCCUCUCAAAAUCUCCAUAAACAUCGCCAAAAAGCCUUCCAUAAACGCCUCACCCUCAAAACAUGCAGAGGAAAUCCUCAAAAUCCCGAAGACUAAAGCCCAGAACGAAACUAACAGACACUGCUCCCUUACAAAGUCGGUGUCUCCUGUUGUCAAAGAGAGGCAGAGGAAUGGCGGCAAACAAAAGCAAACAAUUCAAUGCUUAAAAAUCAGAUUGGAAAAGCUGUCCUUACCCCAAAAUCUUGUCAGGAAAGGUUGUCCACCAAGCCGGAAGAGGGAGGAAGGUUCUCCACCAAGGCAGAAGAGGGUGGCAGAUAGAGGAGAGCCUGAGGGUUUGGGGGUGAAGGUUUCUAAGCAUCCUGACUUGUCCAAGAAACUAAAACGUAAGGCACAGAGCGACUUGAAAUCCCAACAGAAUUUGACAAAGAUUCCGAAGGUGUUGAAUGGAAUGUUUUCAAAAAGUGAGUGUAAGAAUGAUUCGCCGCCAAGGAUUCUGAAGCUUCCGAGUACUCCAGAGGUUUCAAAGGAUUGGCAUGAGAGAGAGAACAGGAAAAAGCCAUCUCCCAGUGCUUCACCUGAAUCACAAAUGCUGGACAAACCUGCAAGAGUGGCACACAAGCCCAAAUCUUUUAUCAAACUUGCCAGUCCCAGUGGUUACAGCCCAGGUGGUCAUACUUGCCCUAAUACGGCCAUGGUGUCACCGUCACAUGGCAACGUAGAUUUUGGGGAAAAGUCUCUGCGAGGCAACAGGUGUUCUCAGAUUGGGAGAGCAGCUUUGUCCCGACUCCAACCCCCCGGACUCGCAGGCGAUCAGGGUGUCCUCCAGAGGAAGUGGAAGGUUCACAGGCCAGUCCCAGGUCCAGCUCGGAGACCAGGAUCAUCCGACCCAUUCUAAAACGUGUCGAUGCUCCGCCGAAACCCAAGCGGAACAUCAGCUUUCCUUUGAAUCCAAGGAAAGUGCACUACUUCAAGCCCUGUGAAUAUGAAAAUUACGCCAUGUUCAACAGGUCUUACACAGAUCCUGAAGAUGCACAGUGUUCUGAAGAUGCUCCUGUGAACUGCCAGAACACGGAGGAACAGUCCCCCGUUAUGGAAGAGAAGCUGCGAGAUAUAGGGGAGCUGAAGCCUGGACCAAGUGUUUUUUGUGAAAAGAGCUUCAAAAGGAAGUGGCAAAUGCAGGAUCCUGCUGCCAUUUUGAUGAAGAGUAUUUGUCAGGCAAAGCAUUGGACGAAGUCUCUCCAUCGUGAACCUCCGAAAGACUUCAGACACUCAGCAAAAAUAACUGGAGUUGGUUACAAGUGGUCUGAGAAGCAGAAGAAGAGGCCAAAUUAAAUUGAAGAAAAAUCUCAGACCUAGACUGACUGACUGUUGGGUUCUGAUUGGAAUCAUCUAGAUGAAAGGGUUCCUCUCUGAAUGCAAGCCCCCUUCACGGUCACCAUCCAGGUUCCUCUCAGAAUGCAAGUCACGGUCACCAUCCAGGUUCCUCUCAGAAUGUAAGUCCCCGUCACGGUCACUGUCCACGUUCCUCUCAGAAUGUAAGCCCCGUCGUGGUCACCAUUCAUCCUCCAGCCAGGGGAGAAGAGUUGAGCCAACAGCCAGGCACCAUAGCUCUCCCAUGGAUGAAUGGAACAAGCGGUGGUCAGGAGAGAUGUGAUUCGUAAGCAUAUCAGUCGGACAUGACAGGAUACACCAGACAGAACAGUAGUUGAUGUCAACCUGCAAAGACAAUACUUUUACCUCAAACCUGACAUCGUGCCUAUGCUGUUCUUAAAAAAAAAAACUUGAAACCCUACAUAUUUAGGCUACAUUAUGCAGUUUACUUUUCAUCUGUUUUUAAAUGAAUAAAUGUCUGAUUUCUCUCCCUAAUUAAUAGGGUCGGUUAGCUGUGGUUGAAGUCAGCAGUGUGUAUUAUAUAGUAUGUACAUGUGUUAUUGUUACUCUGGACACCUAACGGUGAUUGGUGUUUGGUUACCUGUAUUCCUAUAGUAUUGUUUGCCUACAUUGUUAGGACACCAUCAUAGUGAUGGUAUUGGACAUUGUUUGUUUACAGUGUUUUCUAUUGCAACCAGAACCAAAACUUAAGGGAAGAAAAACCCUUUUUUAACGCUGGUGGUAAAGUGGAUAAAUGUAUCAUGGAUAUCGACAUUAAAUGAUGUUUGAAAGCCAUUAUGUCGCUUUUUUAAAAUUAGAUUUCUUGCACUGGUUUAUAGUUUUGUGGCCAUAGAUGACUUUUUGGGUUUUGAGGAAUGUAUGUAGUUUACAGGUCACUGGUUUUAUACUACGCCUUAAAGUUGUCAAUCCCAUGUUUUGUUUUUAAUAUGGGUCCAUUUUUGUACGUUUUGAUGCUGUAUUGUUUAUUUUUAUGUACACCUCUGUUUACUGUAUUGUUAUGGUACUGAAAUGAUAUAAAUAUAGAAAAUA